AAAUUAACCUAUUUUUUGCGUAAGAAAAUCGAGCCAGAUCGGAAUUGUUCACUGGAUGGGCAACCCUCGGCAACUAGAGGUGGGAAUUUUCUUGCAUAACCCCCGUACGGCCAGCCGUGAUAUCAUAACAAAAUGCAGCAGUUAAUGAAAACAUUGCGUCUGGCGCAGCCCGUUCGGUUUUCCUCCGCUCUAAGCAACACAGCAGCAACAAUUGAAGCAACAAAUCCGGUGCCUGCGGCCGAGCCUGAUAAACUUUACAGCAAAGUGGAAAUUGAGUUGCGCGGCGUUGAUCCGGCCGUGCUAAAGAGUUACACCUGGUUUGCGACCACAGCUGCGGAGCACUUAGGUAUUGAGUUGGGCAAGUGUUGGUCACCUCGCAAGGCACACCAUGAACGAAUGACUUUGUUAAAGUCCGUGCACAUUUACAAGAAGCAUCGUGUUCAGUACGAGAUUCGCACGCAUUUUCGCUAUAUGAACUUUCACAAGUUAACCGGCUCAACGUUGGACACAUUCUUGGAAUACAUUGAGCGGAAUCUGCCCGAAGGCGUGGCACUGCAGUCAUCCAAAACGGAAUUGCAACAAAUACCCGAACACUUAAGGCAGCCGCCAGAACAAGUUUAGGACAAGCUAGAUUAGAUCUUAAUCCAAAUAAUUUCUAAGAUUACUGCCAUUGAAAGAAGCAUUUCAGAGAUUAUUCUUCAAUGGGGAAAAAAAAAUAAAAAUAAAGUUUUAUGUGCUAAUCAAAAAAGAGUAGCCCGGUUGAUAA